UACGGAAGCCAGCGAGUAGAAGCGAAUCGAAUCGCAUGCCAUGUGUAGACUACCUGGUACUGGUACCUUCUAGCUACUAGAUCUAGUAGAUCUAAUCGAAUAAGCUUGCACGAGGCAAUUGGAAUUGCCAGGUAGACAGCUGGACUGUCGCUCGACUCGACUCGACUCGACUUUUUGCACUCCCAGCAUGCUUGUUGUGAGACAGGGUCAGAGAUCACCGGGGUCUGCCCGGCACUCGUACGGUACACACCGGUAGCAGCAAAGACCUCGCAUAGGUAACAAUAGUCCCACCAUGAACCUCUGGCCUCCUAAUCUUGCCGUUUUAUCAAGCGUUGCCUUUGCUUCUCUCUUGAAGCCACAAGGGGAUUGCCACAAACAUUCGCAUGGGAAGACUCUGACGAUCUCUCCGUUCUUUGCCUUUGCCGGACCUCGAACUUCACAGCCUCAGCAUUCCGUUGCACGCAGCACGGAAUUCGAUCGACGCACUACUGACAACAAGCUUCGCAUCGGAAUCGUUGGAGGGGGUAUCUGCGGCAACUCAGCAGCCUAUGCUCUCGCCAAGCGUCUCCGCUCUAAUUCAACCUGGAAAGAUCGAAGCCAUCAGAUUACUGUAUUGGAAGGAGAUCCCAACAGUCCUCUAACUGCUUCGGACCAUCAAGAAAAUCAACCACCCCAGUGGGGUGCGGCAGCAGCUCGCAACGCCAAUUCCAUCGUACCAGGAUCGUCCAUGCACGUCUUCACAAAGAAAUCGGUUGUCUGGCAGAUUGCUCGUGACACCAUCGAAGAGUGGUACUUUCUCGGCAAAGAAUGGCUUGAGCAACAAUGCUAUGGCAAACAAAACCUCCUGAGAGGAAAUGAUUUUGCCAUUGCACCUCCCUACUUUGCCUUGCAUCCAUGGAAGUGUUUGGGUCCUUCCGCAACAGCCGAAGAACGAUUGUCGUUUUUGCGCUUCUGCCGACAUUUUCUUUAUUAUUCUCUGGUUCGAGGGGACUUGGAAGCCAACAACCGAGGGCAUUGCAUGUGUCAAUUGGCGAAGGUCAAUCGAGACAUCUUCUUGGAGGUUGCCAAUGACAUGAAUCAAAAGGGAUAUAACAUUCAAUACUCGAGGGGAUUCUUGGCCCUCUAUCGAGACUUGGCAACGGCGAAACACUCCCAAGAAAUCACAACAAAGCAUGGGGAAGAAGCUCAUCUUUUGAGCUGGGAGGAAGCCGUGGCAAAAACUCCCAGUCUCAAUAGUCUAUCUUCACUCAUGAAGAGCCCCCUUUCCGUUGUACACAGACCAAACGAGGUCAUUUCCAGUUGCGAGCAGUUCCUUCGAGCUUGGAUGCAAGAGAUUCGAAAACUGGGAGUGGAGUACCGUCACGGCCAGGUCGAUAAAGUGGAACGAGUCGACCACAAGAGGUUCCGGGUCACCUGCAAGGAUGGAACCUCUCAAGAUUUUGAUCUGUUGGUCCUGGCAGCAGGCGUCUGCACUCCACUCUUGUCGGCUCAACUGAACGCAGGUAAAUACGUGCCCACCUAUCCACUGAGAGGAUUUUCACUGACUACAAUUGCGCAAGGCCAAACUUAUUGUGACGAUGACAAAGACAACAAUGAACCCCAUUUACUCCUACCCACGUCAUUCUCCGUGGACUCCAUGUACUGCACCUCCGUGACACCUCACAUGGCACGCUGGGCCGGUUUUGGGGAGUUUGUAGGAUAUCCACGAAGCAACAACACCCCGGUGCCAGCAUCCAUUGGUCCUUCCAUCUUGUCGCGCUACUCCAACCUUGUCUUUCCAACCGCCACUAGAAGCAAGGAGGAUGUGCAGAGUUGCUUUCGUCCCGCGAGUCCGGACGAUUUGCCCAUCGUCGGGGCCAUCCCCGAGGUACCAGGUUUGUUUGUCCACACAGGGCAUGGUACAUUGGGUUGGACGACGGGUCUCGCCACGGGAGUUUGUCUCGCCCAAAGUAUGGAAGAGUAUCUCGUGGAAGAGGACGCGGAGGAGUCGAAUGACGAGAAUCAGCAUGCCUACAACCUACCCAAUGGCAUUCAGAUUGAGAGGAAGUUUCUCGCUCCCAGUCGUUUUGUAGAUUGAUCCAUUGUAGGCAGCAAAUAUAAUAUGUGCCGUACCGCACCACGAAUGAACAGAUAAACACUAACCAACAAUGCUGCCGUACGUUAUCAGGAAACCACACAUCAUCAUUGAUCGAGACAUGCCAGGAAUUCACAUUCGAGGCAAUGACCUAGCCUAGGCAAUAAUGAUAUCAUAACCUUAGCACUCUAUGAUCUUG